GCUUCGCUCUAAAAUGGACCAUUCCAUUUCCAACAAAUGCGAUCCAAAUGCAUGUAUUUCUUCCACGUGGACUCUCCCCGCCGUCUCCUCCGACGAAAUCUCUCUCUUUCUGCAACACAUUUUGCCACGUUCCUCUCCCUCCAUCUUCUCUGACCUCUCCUCCAACAGUAGACCCAUCACCCCCCUACCCCAAAACAUUCCCCCUUCCUACACUACGCCUAAUGCACUACCUGCCCACCGGAUCUCCGCCGUCGAUUCCUCAGAACAGUUCGCGAAUUCCGCAUCAUCAGCUGGAUUACAUGAUCCCUUCCGCUCUUGUCCCACACCCACACCUCCAAAUGCGUCCUCUACAUCAGUUGGGGCUAGUGAUCACCACGAAAACGAUGAGUUUGACUGCGAAAGUGAGGAGGGUCUGGAGGCAUUGAUUGAAGAGAUGCCUUCAAAGCCUUAUCCUCGCAGUUCUUCCAAGAGAAGCAGAGCCGCUGAAGUUCAUAAUCUCUCCGAAAAGAGAAGGAGGAGCAGAAUUAAUGAGAAAAUGAAGGCCCUCCAAAAUCUGAUCCCCAAUUCUAACAAGACAGACAAGGCCUCGAUGCUGGACGAGGCAAUUGAAUAUCUGAAGCAGCUGCAACUUCAAGUUCAGAUGCUGUCAAUGAAUCAUGGCUUGAGUUUGCAUCCUAUGAACUUGCCUGGAACUUUGCAGUAUCGCCAGCUUUCCCACAUGAGAAUGGACUUUACUGAAGAAAACAGAUCACUUUCCUCUGACCAAGAAAGACCAAACCGGGUUUUUCUCAGCUUGCCUGACCAAAAGGCUGCCUCCAUCCAUCCUUUCAUGCCAGACAUUGGAAGAAGUAAUGCAGAAACUCCAUUCGAAUUGGUCCCUCCCGUCCAGGGUCAUCUACUCCCCUUUUACUCGAGGGAAUCCUCCAAGCGUUUGAAGGAGAUUGGCACAGAUGUAAAGCGAGAUCACCAAGUGAAUGCGACUCAAUCGGAGACGACUCCCUUUGUGUCAUUACCCUAUAACAUAGCAGCGCCUGAUUUGCAAGAAUUGCAGAAUUGCGUUUCAGUGGAACCGUGCAUCAUUGAAGGCAACCGGUCAGGUGUGGUUCUAAACACUCCAGAGCACAGCCAUGUGUUCCCUUCCCUUUUCAAUGGCAUAGACACAGGAAGACCAACUGAAACAACAGGGCCAAUGUCUGAUCACAAAUCAGGCUCCAUGACCGACCAGCUCUCCAGCCAGACUUCUAUUUUUGGCCUACGCUUGUGGGUUGUACUUGGGGUUUGUGUUGGAGCUGCUUUUGUGCUUUUUCUGUUUCUAAUCUCUCUUUGGAUUGCCUCCAAACGCUCUCGCAGGAAGAUUUCUCACAGACCCACAAUUCCAGUUGACUCCAAAGAAAUUCAAGAGAUCAGAAUCGAUCAUGCCCUCGCUCAAACCCAAGAACACAAGCCAACUAGACCCCAUUUUCAGGUCGACCAUCUUCCAGAGCCGGAGCUUAUCCCCGGAAUUGAGCGGCAAGCGUUGCUUUCGUUGCCUCAGGAUGAAGAACGAGUGAAUAGAAUUAAUAUUGAGAUCGGGAAGGAUCAUAGGAUUUCCUAUCCUGAGCGACUUGGUCGGUCGUCUUCCUCGCAGGGCAGUGGAGAGGGCCGAUGUGGUGGCGAUCAGUUGCCUAUAGUGGUGCCUGAAGUUUCGCAUUUGGGUUGGGGGCAUUGGUACACUCUCAGAGAGCUUGAAGCUUCGACUAAUGGUUUUUCCCCUGAUAACGUAAUCGGUGAAGGUGGGUAUGGAAUUGUUUACCAUGGCAUAUUGGAGGAUGGAACUCAGGUUGCUGUUAAGAAUUUGCUAAACAAUAGAGGACAAGCCGAGAAGGAGUUUAAAGUAGAAGUUGAAGCAAUUGGACGAGUCAGACAUAAGAACUUAGUUAGAUUGCUGGGAUACUGUGCUGAAGGUGCUCAUAGGAUGCUUGUAUACGAGUACAUAAAUAAUGGAAACUUGGAACAAUGGCUUCAUGGGGAAGUAGGAUCUUACAGUCCUCUUACCUGGGAGAUCAGAAUGAAUAUCAUUCUUGGAACCGCUAAAGGGCUAGCUUACCUUCACGAGGGAUUGGAACCGAAGGUUGUUCACCGGGAUAUCAAAUCAAGCAAUAUCUUACUUGAUAAGCAAUGGAAUUCCAAGGUUUCAGAUUUUGGGCUUGCAAAGCUACUAUGCUCUGAUAACAGUUAUAUUACAACCCGUGUCAUGGGAACAUUUGGCUAUGUAGCGCCAGAAUAUGCAAGUACGGGUAUGCUAAAUGAAAGAAGUGAUGUGUAUGGUUUUGGAAUACUUGUUAUGGAAAUAAUCUCAGGAAGGAACCCGGUCGACUAUAGUCGUCCUCCAGAUGAGGUGAACUUGAUCGAUUGGCUUAAGAGAAUGGUCAGUAACCGGAAUCCAGAGGGCGUAUUGGAUCCAAAGCUCUCUGAAAAGCCUACUUCGAGAGCAUUAAAGCGGGCGCUUCUUGUUGCAUUACGCUGCGUGGACCCAAAUGCUCAGAAACGCCCAAAAAUGGGACAUAUUAUUCAUAUGCUUGAAGCUGAAGAGGCUACGUUUAAAGGGGAUCGCAAAGCUGGAAAGGACCCAGAGAACUCACAUUCAGACAAUCUGAAGGAUGGUUUAAAUGAGAGGCAGGCAACAGAAUUAGGUGGCAGCAAUGUGGAUGAACUCAGUAUGCGACAAUGAGAUAAGUCGAUAAAAUCUGGACAAGUAGCAGCAACCUUUUCAGCUCGGGACACUCGAGUUGUCAUUCGUAACUGUAAUGCCAGAUCCUCCAUUUAGAAAAUGCCCUACACGGUCACAGCAAUGUCAAUCCCAUUAUGUACAUCAUUUUUGCUGUCUAUAGUUUCCAUUGCAGUCCUUACACCAUUGAAGAUAAAAUCAAUUCAUGUCUCUGUCAAUGCCCCUCCGAAGAUGGUAUUCGAGCCUAAGGUAUAUUGUUAUUUUCUUACACUGUCGGUUCCAUUCCCUCACUGUUCAUAAUGAGAAAUUUGAAAAUAAUAGGAAAAAUUUGAAGUAGAGCAUCCAUAGUUCAUUUAUAAACAUUAAUUUCAAUUUGUAGGUUAUAUUAAGUUGUAUCCAGUUUAUCAACAAUGUAUGAAUGUGACAACAGUUUCCUGAUUGGGCAUAAUAGUUAAGGUGUCCCUUCUGCUCCAUGUAACAUGAAUUUGCUAUCAUUUUCUCCCAGGAAAGUGUUACUUGACAGCUAUGAUAUUGUCUCUCUAAAAAAACCAGUGGUCCAUUUCGAAAUAGAAAUGAAUAUUUGAGCAUCCCUUUUUGA